AGAAAGCAAAACUCAGCGGCUCCAUUGUGUCAAGGGGAAAAUAAAUCUUUUUAGGACAAAAACACGAAGGAUGGAGGGAAAGAGAUCAGACUCACCAGAACCCAGCUCGGUGUCCAUGAAGAGUCAAUGGACAAAGGACCAUUCAGUAUACUUCAGAGACAGAGACAGUUCGGCUGAUCUGAGAAUGAUGGAAGGAAAGAGAUCAGACUCACCAGAACCCAGCGGUGUGUCCAUGAAGAGUGAGAUGUCAGUGGGACGUCCACCUGCCUUCAGAGACCGAGACGGUUCUGCUGAUGUGAGACCACAAAAGAAGAAAUCAAACAUCAGCAGAAGUCAACUGGAGUCCAUAUUCAAGGAGCUGGAACACAAAAUCAUCACUGUGCUACAGAAAGAGCUGAAGAAGUUUAAGAAGCUCCUGAGUCCAGAUUCCCCAGCAUGCUCUGAGAGGGAGGUGGAGGAUGAGGAGGAUCAGAGCAGCAUCAGAGAGGGAGUGCUGAAGAUCACACUGCACUUCCUGAAGAACAUGAACCACACAGAUCUCGCUCACACACUGCAGAACAAGUCUGCGGUCUCUGUGUGUCAGCAAAAGCUGAAAUCCCGCCUGAGAGAGAAGUUCGAAAGAAUUAAUGAAGGAAUCUCACAGCAUGGAAGCCCAGCUCUUCUGAAUGAGAUCUACACAGAGCUCUACAUCACAGAGGGUUGGAGUGGAGAUGUCAAUCAUGAACAUGAGGUGAGACAGAUUGAGACGGCAUCCAGGAGACCAGCAACACAGGAGACACCCAUCAAGUGUAAUGAUCUCUUUAAAGACACGUCCAUCAGAAGUGUGCUGACUAAAGGAGUUGCUGGAAUUGGAAAAACAGUCUCUGUGCAGAAGUUCAUUCUGGACUGGACUGAAGGAAAAGCGAAUCAGGACGUCACCUUCAUGUUCCCACUUCCCUUUCGAGAGCUGAAUCUGAUGAAGCAGGAAAUUCUCAGUCUGAUGAAUCUCCUUCAUCACUUUUUCCCAGAAAUGAAAGAAGUACAAUUAAUAAACUGUGAUAUUAACAAAGUCCUGUUGAUCUUUGAUGGUCUGGAUGAGUGUCAACUUCCUCUAAAUUUCCAGAACAGUGAGAGAUUGUGUGAUGUGACAGAGUCGGCCUCAGUGGAUGUGCUGCUGACAAACCUCAUCAAGGGGAAUCUGCUUCCCUCUGCUCUCCUCUGGAUCACCUCACGACCAGCAGCAGCAAAUCAGAUCCCUCCUGAGUGUGUAGACCAGGUAACAGAGGUACGAGGGUUCAGUGAUCCUCAGAAAGAGGAGUACUUCAGGAAGAGGAUCAGUGAUCAGAGCCUGGCCAAUGAAAUCAUCACACACAUGAAGUCCUCAAGAAGCCUCUACAUCAUGUGUCACAUCCCAGUCUUCUGCUGGAUCUCAGCCACUGUUCUUGAGAGAAUGUUGGGUGAAGCAGAGAGUGGAGAGAUCCCCAAGACUCUGACUCAAAUGUUCACACACUUCCUGAUCUUUCAGAUCAAACACAAGGAGCAAAAGUAUCAUCAGAAAUGUGAGCCUGAUCCUCAGCAGACCAGAGAGAGUAUCCUGGCACUGGGAAAACUGGCUUUCCAACAGCUGGAGAAAGGAAACCUGAUCUUCUAUGAGGAAGACCUGAGAGAGUGCGGCAUUGAUGUGAGAGAAGUGUCAGUGUACUCAGGAGUGUGUACCCAAAUCUUCAGAGAGGAGUUUGGGCUUCACCUGGGGAAGGUCUUCAGCUUUGUACAUCUGAGCGUUCAGGAGUUUCUGGCUGCUUUAUACACAUUUCUCUGCUUUAUUUUUACAAAGACAAAUGUGCUCGGGAAUCAACCUCCUGGACUUUUUAAUUUCUUCAGAAAGUCAAACAUGUCUGAUUUCCUCAGGAGUGCAGUGGACAAGGCCUUACAGAGUGAGAAUGGACACCUGGACCUGUUCCUCCGCUUCCUUCUGGGUCUCUCACUGGAAUCCAAUCAGACUCUCUUACGAGGCUUGAUGCCCCAGACAGGAAGUAGCUCUCACAGCAAACAGGAAACAGUCGAAUACAUCAAGAAGAAGAUCAGGGAGAAUCCAUCUCCAGAGAAAUCCACCAAUCUGUUCCACUGUCUGAAUGAACUGAAUGAUCAUUCUCUCGUGCAGGAAGUACAACGCUACCUGAACAGAAGCGAUUCCUGGUGUCUCAGUGGAACCAGACUCUCUCCUGCUCAGUGGUCAGCUCUGGUGUUUGUGUUACUGAACUCAGAACAGGAGCUGGAUAAGUUUAAUUUGAGUAAAUAUGACCUGUCAGAGGAAUGUCUUCUGAAGCUGAUUCCAGUGGUCAAAGCCUCCAGAAGAGCUGAUCUUUGUGGGUGUAAUCUGACCGAGGAAAGCUGUAGAGUUCUGUCCUCAGUUCUCAGCUCAAACUCCUCCAGUCUGAGAGAACUGGACCUGAGUGCUAGUAACCUGCAGGAUUCAGGAGUGAAGCUGCUCUCUCCUGGACUGGAGAAUCCACACUGUACACUGGAGACACUGAGUCUGCGUUGGUGUGAUCUGACAGAGGAAAGCUGUAGAGUUCUGUCCUCAGUUCUCAGCUCAAACUCCUCCAGACUGAGAGAACUGAACCUGAGGGACAAUAACCUGCAGGAUUCAGGAGUGAAGCUGCUCUCUGCUGGACUGGAGAAUCCACACUGUACACUGGAGAUACUGAGUCUGCGUGGGUGUAAUCUGACCGAGGAAAGCUGUAGAGUUCUGUCCUCAGUUCUCAGCUCAAACUCCUCCAGACUGAGAGAACUGGACCUGAGUCACAAUUAUAACCUGCAGGAUUCAGGAGUGAAGCUGCUCUCUGCUGGACUGGAGAAUCCACACUGUACACUGGAGAAACUGAGUCUGUAUCGGUGUCAACUGACAGAGGAAAGCUGUAGAGUUCUGUCCUCAGUUCUCAGCUCAAACUCCUCCAGACUGAGAGAACUGAAUCUGCGAGACAAUAACCUGCAGGAUUCAGGAGUGAAGCUGCUCUCUGCUGGACUGGAGAAUCCACACUGUACACUGGAGAAACUGAGUCUGCGUGUGUGUGAUCUGACAGAGGAAAGCUGUAGAGUUCUGUCCUCAGUUCUCAGCUCAAACUCCUCCAGACUGAGAGAACUGAACCUGAGGGACAAUAAACUGCAGGAUUCAGGAGUGAAGCUGCUCUCUGCUGGACUGGAGAAUCCACACUGUACACUGGAGACACUGAGGUUGUCGAACUGCAGGAUUACAGGUGAAGGUUUUGCUGCUCUGGUUUCAGCUCUGAGGUCAAAUCCCUCAUCACACCUGAGAGAAGUGGAUCUGAACUGGAAUAAUCCAGGAAAAUCAGGAGUGAAGCUGCUCUCUGAUCUUCUGAAGGAUCCACACUGUACACUGGAGACACUACAUCUGCGUGGGUGUAAUCUGACCGAGGAAAGCCGUAGAGUUCUGUCCUCAGUUCUCAGCUCAAACUCCUCCAGACUGAGAGAACUGAACCUGAGUCACAAUAACCUGCAGGAUUCAGAAGUGAAGCUGCUCUCUGCUGGACUGGAGAAUCCACACUGUACACUGGAGAAACUGAGGUGUCCAGAUGAAGAAGAGCUUCAGGAUUUUAAUGAACAACCCAGACACCAGAAAUCUGACAAACAGCAUGAACAAAACCAGAAGUUGCAACAGGAGAACAGAGAGCAGAAGCAUUCAGUUAUCCCAGAGGUAUUCAUCCCUGAAUUAGUUAAACACGGUGAUGACGGCGUUGCAUACAGAUUUCGUUGCUCUCGUGCUGGUCAGUUUCACUGUAAAUUGACCAACCUUGGCUUUGAGAUGAAAGAGAAUGGGGAAGUGCUGUACACAAUCAUGUCCUGGGAUAACGGUCAGUUGCAGGGCCUGGGCCAAUUCCAGCCUGCAGGACCCCUGUACAACAUCAACUGCUCUGAAGGUUCAAUUCUUUAUCUGCAUUUCCCACACUGCGAGAUACAAACAGAUCGCAAUCAGAUUGAACUGGCUGUGGCACAUUUCAUUGAGGGUAAUGUGGAGAUCAUUCAGCCCCUGAAAAUAACAAACACACACGUGAUUUUGGAAGUCCAAGGUCUCUCCUUGUUUGGCCUGAUUAUAAAAAGGAUCUUUGGGGAAAAACCCAUCAGUGCCCAAGUCCUUCUCUUCUACAAAGAAAUAAUUGGAAAGAAGGAAAGGAGGAGAAAACUGGACAUUCACUUGUUGCCAGGAAAUGUACCAGUUGAAGAGGUGCAGAAACGACACCAGUGCAGCACAUACAUUCCGUGCAGCUCCAUAUGUCAACUGACGCCUGGUAAAAAAUACAGACCACUCUGUGAACCUCAUGUAUCCCAGCCAAAGGUUCAGACAUUUGUCUGUGACUAUGGUCCCAACUAUCACAUCACAUUUGAGGUGAUCCUUAAGACGGAGGUUGAAGUCCUCACAUUAGGUCUUUCAAAUGAAAUUGGUGAGGAGGUGUGGGAGCUUCGUCACAUCUUUCUUUCAGUGAAUAGUCGAGAAGCAGCUCCAGUUGUAAUGGAUGAAGGUGUUGAAUUUGUAGAUAAAUACAGAGACACGCUCAUACAGAGAGUUGCAUCAGUACUGGAAAUAGCAGACACUCUACUCACCAAGAAAAUAAUCAACAGUGAAAUGUACAGUGUUCUCAUCGAGGCAACAACACCACAGAAGAAAAUGAGGAAAUUGUACAGAUUUCUCGACUCCGGAGGAAGAGCUGCCAAAGCAGAAUUCUAUAAAGUCCUGAAGGAGAAGGAGCUUCUUGUAGUGAAUGACCUGCAGUCAGGAUUCGAAUAAUGCAACACUGUCACGAUGAAGUAUUAAGUUUUAUGUGUCAGGUUUUUUAUACUCAGUAACAUCAGCCAUUGUAAUGAUGUCACUUUCAUGAAUAAUUCUAUUAGCCAAUGGCAGACUGCAGUUAAAAAAAUAAAAAAUAAAAUGUUCCUGUGGUCAGGAACUUACUGUUCAUGAACCAUGAUGUUUUGAAGGCGGUCUAUAAGUGACACCUCCUUGUUAUUUUUAAUCUAUAAAUAUCUCUAGUGAAAUGGGAGUGAUAGAAAUAUAUGUUUGGCGUACUUAAAACUGGUCCAGGCAGUUCUGACGGCUACUUGUUGUGGUUAGUUAAAUCCUUGAGAUUUAUCUUUGCUCACAUUCUGCUCUCUGUUUAAUGAAGGCUAUUUUGACCAGAAAUGUCUUUCUUCUUUCACAAGAUUAUAAUCCUGAUGCAUGAUGUAAUGGUACAUAAUGUAUCUCUUCUUUCAUAAAGCAGUCUAAACCAGUGAAUUAACCCAUUCCCAUCACCCACUGAUGUUACCCUGUCAUACAUGGAUAACUUAGCUUCAUGAAUCACAUCAUCAUCCAAUCACAGAGCUACAACACAUUCCUGAAUGUGAAUAUAUACUCAUGUUUGUCCGACAAUUAACUGAGGAAAGUCUCUGAACACCUAAGCCCGCGUCAGUGACUGUUUGCUCCCGGAUCGAUCCAUGAGGCAGAAUCUCCUGGUUGAUAGAGGUCGACAUUCCUCGAUCAUACUUUGUCAAUUCAACCUCCUUCAGUACAGACAGAUCAAAACCUAUCAGGGUUGUAAAUGUGUAUACAUAAUGUAUUUAAAACCAAAGAUGUAAAAACAAUGCAGCCGGUUUAAAACGUGAUGCAGUUCCUGCAAUAAACUGCAGAUCUCUGCAACUUCAAGAGACCCGAACAUUACAUGGUUUUAUAAUCUCGGUGAGGGCCCAUAUUGUUGUGUCAUUCAUGCGCAGAUUCUACAGCAUCCAAGGUGACAAACUUGUGUUUCUGUUUUUCUACUGCAAUCUUGUCACAAAAUCCUUUAUGAAAAUUAGAUACACAAAGGAAAGCUUUUAUGUUUAUUAAUCAAAGCAGUUUCCAAUCGAAUACUCGCUUACUUUUUUAUUUACAUUCUUUGAUGUUUCCUCCAUGUUUUGUAAUGCUUUUUACAAU